AUGCCAGGAAAUGUGUUUCAAUUGUUACUUACUGUGGCGAUUCUGCAAGUUGUUAGUUUGGCCGCUAGUCCUGCAGAUGGUCUGCACAAGUACCGUGCUUCUCCAAAACUCACGGGUCCUGUGAAACUCCUGCACGAUCCCCAGGACACCAUUCUGAACACUUUGGAUGGCGCUCUGGAGAAGAUCUCCACUAUCUACAUGCAGGCCUUGUUCGCUGGUACCCACACUCCGGAACUAGAAGCUCCACUGAGAGCCCUCGAAAUGGAGUUGUUCGAUCUGCUGGACGAGCUCUAUAAUCAGAAUCGUCUCAAGGACUAUAUAAAGUACGAGGCGGAAGUGACGCGACAAAUGAUAAUCUACAACAUGCUCAAGAGAUUGUUUGGCUACACACAGGAAGUUGAGGAGGGAUCUAUCUGA